CCGACUGCUAAAACGUGGACAAUCUUCAACGACACCGAAUGUUAUAUACAUGAUUCGCCGGUGGCGUUACACGCCUGCAUGCCUGAUGCUCCGUAUACCAAGUUGGAGCCAUUUACCUACGGCAACGGGAAAUUGACUGUCGACCGAUACCAGAGGUUAACUCCAUCGUCGGACUACACAGUGUCUUUCACCCAAAACUGCGAAGUGACUAAUGCCUGGAAGGUGCAGACCUGGGAAGAUGGUUAUGUACUGGCGUACAUGCGUAUUUACGGCAACUUCCGUGACGUGUCGAGCUCCAGUGAAUUCGAUGACUUAUUCAGACGACCAGACAUCUGCCCCGAAGACCUCCCUGAAGUGUUUGGUAGGAGCGGCGAUACUGUCCAAAAUGAAGAAAAGAUCAAGCAACUCCUUUAUGAGGCUGAUCAGUUUCUGCCGUGAUGCGCCUGGUCACUGCAGAACACGUUCUGAGAGAUCAAACUUUUUUUGUGUUUUACGAUUAAUUUUUUCAAAUUUUAAUUUAUUCGUUUAUCAAUCUUAAUCUGCCACCUUGUCAAUUGGAGUUUAAUACACAUACUGUUACAUACCUGCAGUCUUUUGGUACCAAAACAAUACGGCAAGAACCGUUUAAACCGCACUGUCAUUCAAUUUGCACGAGUCGGAAGCUGCUUCAUGUUUGGUUAAAGGCCAAUUUUGGGGUUAGCACGGAAUUGUUCUGCUGGCGCGGUAUGAAAAGCACAAAAUUUGUGGUCGUAAGCGCAGAAUUCUGUGGUUAGCAGAUCAAAUCCAAGGAAUGGGCCCUGCUUGAACGGUGAUUGGCAGUGCCACACACGCCGAGGUGAGUGGUGAUUGGUCACUUGGCAAGUUGUGAUGCGCUAGUCUGGU